GCUGAUACAUAGUCACAUAUCAUUACUUAAAAAAGUCUGGUUUUUGGAGCAAGUCGGCCAAAUGGGUUCUCUAAUGGCGGGAUGGGAUUCUACUGUAUCAGAAUCAGAUCCUGAAUCAGUCAUACGCGAAAGAAAUCGAUCGCUUACCAAGGAAGAGAUUGAAGCUUAUUGGAAGUCACAGAAGGGAAUGGAGGAAGAACAUCUCAAGGGUACCUUUAGUCCAUCAGAUAGCUGCAACCCCUUGUCCAAUACAAAACAGGACGUGGAUGCAGAAACAAACCUGGAGAAUAUCAUGAAGAAAAAUGGGUGGUGGAGAAGGAGCAAUUGGGCAUUCUUGAAUGAACCGCCAGUUCUUGACCGCCAUAUCAGCAGUUACAAACCACAGUUCCACGUUGCCAACCUUGCUGCUUCCAAGCUUAACAAAAAUUCCGGAAUCAGUGUUUAAUCUUCGGCUCUGUGCUAUCUUUUGUGGCCAUAUCUUUUAUGUUAUAAAAAGUUGUAAGAGCAUUGUUUAGAUGUCUGCUUGUGCAUGAGUUCGUGGAGUCUAUACAUUUUUUUCUGAGCCAAAGUCUGUACAUAAAUAUGAAGGGGAAUGAAUCCGUAUUAAGCA